GGGCGAGUGCUACCAAGGCUAAAGGCAGAGGAGGCUGAGACGGGGAGGAGGUGGAGGAAAGCCCCGGGGAGAGAGAAGCGAAAGGAGUUUCUGAUGCCUCCCAUCUUCGAAUUUAUUUAAGCUGUGAUGCUUUUGGAGACAGAUGCCACCUUUCCUGUCCUGUGAAGUGUGUGAUGAGGAGUAACAUUUGGCUCCCUUCUGAGUGCUCUGAACCUGUGGAAUCUACAAGGUCUCAGAGCACAACUCUAAGCCAAUAGAGUAAGCCCGGAAUACAAUGAACAAAUUGAACUUCCAAAAUAAUAGAGUCAUGCAAGACCGCAGAAGUGUUUGCAUUUUUCUACCAAAUGAUGAGUCUCUGAAUAUCAUCAUAAAUGUUAAAGUACUCUGUCAUCAGUUACUUGUCCAGGUGUGUGAUUUGUUGAGGCUAAAAGAUUGCCAUCUCUUUGGACUCAGUGUCAUACAGAAUAAUGAACAUGUUUACAUGGAGUUAUCACAGAAACUUUAUAAGUAUUGUCCAAAAGAAUGGAAGAAAGAAGCCAGCAAGGGUAUUGACCAGUUUGGUCCUCCAAUGAUCAUUCACUUUCGGGUGCAGUAUUAUGUGGAAAACGGCAGGUUAAUAAGUGACAGAAUAGCAAGAUAUUAUUAUUACUGGCACCUGAGAAAACAAGUUCUUCAUUCCCAGUGUAUGCUUCAAGAGGAGGCCUACUUCUUGCUGGCUGCUUUUGCAUUACAGGCUGAUCUUGGAAACUUCAAAAGGAAUAAACACCAUGGGAAAUAUUUUGAGCCAGAGGCUUAUUUCCCAUCUUGGGUUAUUACAAAGAGAGGGAAGGAUUACAUCCUAAAACACAUUCCAAAUAUGCACAAAGAUCAGUUUGCACUGACCGCCUCUGAGGCACAUCUUAAAUAUAUUAAAGAGGCCAUCCGCCUAGAUGACAUCGCCGUUCAUUACUACAGAUUGUAUAAGGAUAAAAGGGAAAUCGAAGCUUCAUUAACUCUUGGAUUGACCACACGAGGAAUACAGAUCUUUCAGAAUAUUAAUGAAGAAAAACAGUUACUUUAUGACUUCCCUUGGACAAAUGUUGGAAAACUGGUAUUUGUGGGUAAGAAAUUUGAGAUUUUGCCAGAUGGAUUGCCAUCAGCCAGGAAGCUCAUCUACUAUACUGGAUGCCCCAUGCGUUCCAGACAUCUCUUAGAGUUACUCAGCAGUAGUCAUCGUCUCUACAUGAACCUGCAACCUGUUCUCCGUCAUAUUAGGAAGCUUGAAGAAAAUGAAGAAAAGAAGCAGUACAGAGAAUCUUACAUCAGUGACAACCUAGACCUCGACAUGGAUCACUUGGAGAAAAGAUCCCAGGCAAGCGGGAGCAGUACAGGCAGCAUGAAGCACAAGCGCUUCUCUCGCCAUUCUGCCACCAGCCACAGCAGCUCCCAAACAUCAGGCAUUGAGACUGAUGCCAAAAUAAGGGACAUGGGGCCAGAAGACAGCUUCUUAGGCAGUACUAUCUACCACAGACUAAAAACCUGCAGCUCCGUGACCAGCCAAGACAGCUCCCGUACCUCUGGGGUGGAAAGUGGUGGGAAGGACAGGCUGGAGGAUGACUCACAGGAUGAUGAAAUAGAAAUGUUGGUUGAUGACCCCAGAGACCUAGAGCAAAUAAACGAAGAGGCUGUAGAGGUCAGCCCAGACAUGUGUAUCUACAUCACUGAGGACAUGCUGAUGUCACAGAAGCUUAACGGCUAUUCAGGACUAAUUGUAAAAGAAAUCAGUUCUUCCACAUCUAGCUCUUCAGAAACAGUUGUCAAACUCCAUGGCCAAAGCACUGACUCUCUCCCACAGGCUAUCUGUCGAAAACCAAAGACUUCCAGUGAUCGACAUAGCUUGAGUCUGGAUGAUAUCAGACUUUACCAAAAAGACUUCUUGCAGAUAGCGGGUCUGUGUCAGGACACUGCUCAGAGUUACACUUUUGGAUGUGGUCAUGAACUGGAUGAAGAAGGCCUUUAUUGUAAUAGCUGCUUGGCUCAGCAAUGUAUUAACAUACAAGAUACUUUCCCAGUAAAAAGAACAAGCAAAUAUUUCUCUUUGGAUCUCACCCAUGAUGAAAUACCAGAAUUUGUGGUUUAAAACAACAUGAGUACAGCAGGAAUACUGCUUCGAGAGAGAUUAUUCAAGUUGAUUCUUCUUGUUUUAAGGGUUCCUUAUGCCGUAUUUCUCCUGCUUACUCUCUCAUACAUUCCCUCCACCCUCUCCCACUAUAUAGAGUUUUCUUCCUAAUGAUGUCAAUGCAUAUCAAAUAUUUGUAAAGAUUGCACUUUAAGUACUGCCCGCUCUGCAGUUCAUGGCAGCACCAAAAUUGUGCAGAAUGGCUUGAGGUCUUCUCAGUUUGCACUGCUCACCUGGAAAGAAACUCUGUUUCAACUUUACAUCUAGAACAUUAGCAUUUUUUUUUCAGUUCCCAUAAGCUCAUACACUUGUCUUGUUAAGAUACCAUUGGCUUUUGUGUAAACGUUGCCAUUCUAUUGUGGCUUCUGCCUUCUUAAUAUAGGUACUAGAGAGAGGAGUGGUUCUGGCAAACCAAAGAUCUGUAAAUAUUAUAGAUAUUUGUAUCCAAAAGACACAAAUUAAACAAUGUCUAGUGGCCUUCUAUGUAUGUAGUUAUACCUUGUGAAACAAAUUGCAGUAGACAGAUUUCUAUUUAGUGACAUACAAUCAUAUCUCUCCAGAAAUAUUCCAGAACUGAUUUGAGAACUUACUCAAAAAAUGAGCUUUUUGCUCAAAUCCUAACAUGUUUUGUGAUGUUUACAAAUCAAAUUUCUGUUAAAAAAAUAGGAAAAAACCGCUAAAGUAUAUGUUUCUUUUUUGUUAAAUGAACAGUGACAGGUCAUUCUGAUGCCAUAAUGUUUGUUCAAAGUAUUUUUAAAAUAUGCAUAUGUUAUACAUAUAUAAAUAUAUAGGCUUGUGUGUGUUUAUAUGUGUAUGGAACUUAACAUUUUUUUUUUCACUUAACAAAUAAUCAACAUCUGUCUCUUUUUGUUAUGUUACUUAGAAACAGUAAGUUUUCUAAGCUUUAACUUAUGUAGUUUGGGACAAUUAGAUUGCACAAGCACAAUUUUUCUGUUGUCCCUUUUCAUAUAGAAAGCCAUUUUCCUGUAUUUUUGAAAUUUCUUACCAAGGAGAAGACCUGUAAUAGGGAGAAUGUUAUUCUUACCAUUAGCUUAGAGCAAAUUUCAAAACCAACCACUAAGCCAUUAUCAUGAUAAAGUAAAAGCAAGUCAGUAUAAUUGUGAACUUGCCUCUUUCAAGUAAGGUGAAGAUGUUGCUGAAACAGUGGCAGAGACCUUCAUAGCACAAUGCCUUUUUAUUGAAAUAUUUUUAAAUUAAUAGCUUAAUAUUCUUGCAGUCCUAUUUUACCAUAUUUUGAUAUGUCAUUUUAUAUCAUGUUUUCUUUUAAAAUACAUUUAUCUAUAUUCAAAUAUAUAAUUUUAUAUAGAAGUGUGAUAUUUUUAUAUAAAUGAUGUUGUAAGAUAAAAAGUAGAGUUGGAGUACAGCAAAACUUUUUUGUAUGACCCUGGCAUGGGAAGCAGUAUUACAGAACACUAUAUGGAAGUACUCCAGCAUUGUCGCACCUCAUGUAUUUGUGAUCCUUGAGGUUUUGCAAGCACAUAUGGUCAAUUUAUGUAUAGCUUGCAAACUUGUCAAAUUAUUUUAAUUGACAGCUUAAAAGCGGAAAAUGCUCUGUAUUCAUGAAAAUAUUUGUUCUUAUUCAAAUGCAUUAAUUAACCAAAGUUUCAGAUAUCCAGAUUUGCAAAAGUAUCUGAUCAAGUGGCAGUGUGCAAUAUGAAAACAUUAGCUAAUAUAUGUUUUUCAUAUGUCAUUAAACAACUUAUUUUUUCCAUAAAGAAGGCUUAUGAAAUAAACAUAGCAAAGCUAAAGUUCUAAAGGAUAUUAUAUGGCAAAUUCCAUUAACACUUGAUAUUUGUUCAGACAUGUAAAAAAUUCAUAGCAAGUGAUAAAAAGAGUAGCUUAUGCUUUGCAUUCUCUAACCUUUGGUUAGCAUCAAGUGUUUACUUAUGUUUCCAACCUCAUUUAUUUGGCUCAACUUCUUUCCAGUUGAUUUUAUAAGUGGUUUUCUUAUGCUUGUGUUAAUAAUGACACAAAGAAAAACUUUUGCUUUUCAUUUCUCUAGUCUAGUUGUUGGCAAACACCACUGUUGCAAGGAAAAUGGCAUGUGGAAAACCCAACUUGAAUAUUCUAUGUUUUUUGCAUUUGAAAAUUGUGGUUUCAAAAGUGUAAAACUGUUAUUUAUACUGCAUCUGAUUUUUUAAAAACUCAUAAUUGGUCAGUAUACAGAUUUGGUUUAUAUUGCCUUUUUAUAUGGACAACAUAUGUUGGCAACAAUGAACUUAAUGCCUAAUCAAGUUGUAAAUAAUCCUUUCUGUGAAAGGAUCAUCAUACCAAGAUGAUAACGUAAUUGAAUUAUUUUGUAACAAAGUUUGUUGUGUGCCUUUCAUGAUAUUAUUAGAAAUUCAAUAAAAUAUAUUUGUUUG